AUGGUACAUCUGUUGGAUCUUCCAGCGGGAGUGAUUUUAUCCAUCGUUGACUACCUACAAAUGGGCACGAAUCAGGUACCACUGCUAUUCUAUGAGCUUGAAGAUCCCUAUAGCUACGUGAUAAGCCAUGAUGCUCCACCGAGCGUCAAACACCUUCAUUCUUUCAUGGCCGCUACUCACCGCCUGAAUAAUCCUCUUCUACAGGCAAUAUUCUAUCGUGAUAUAUCCGUUCGCAGCCGCUCCAGCGAAAAAGCUCCGUUGCAACAGCUAAACCAUCCAAGUCUCCAGGAACACAUCAUUUCAGCGACCAUUCCACGUGAUGAUUCAAUUUCCGAUUUCCAUCAUUUCUUUUGGCUCCCCAACAUCCGAACCCUUACUAUUAUUCAGUCCUUCGGCGGCGAGUGGGAGUGGAGUUUGAAGAUGACACACAUAUUGGCACCUCUCCCGUUGAAUGUCUAA